AUGCCUCCCCAAACCCCUCAAGAAGCUUACGAAACCCUCGAAGCAACGUACAAAACCACAAACCCCCUCUCCCACAACCACCACCAAACCGCCCUCUCGCACCUCCCAGGCGGAAACACCAGAACAGUCCUGCACUACCCUCCCUUCCCCCUGCACAUCCUCUCCGCCUCCGCCUCCCAUCUCACCUCCGCCGACGGCAACACCUACACCGACUUCCUCAACGAAUACACCGCAGCCCUCUACGGCCACAGCCACCCCGAACUCCUCUCCACGAUAACAAAAACAGCCCUCAACGGCCUCUCCUACGGCUCCACACAUCCCGACGAACAGCUUCUGGCCGCGCAGAUCAAACUUCGAUUCCCCUCCAUCGAUCUCCUCCGGUUCACGAAUUCCGGCACGGAAGCUACACUGCUCGCCCUCGCGGCCUCCAAGAUCUCUACCGGAGGGAGGUCCAAGAUCUUGUGUUUCGCCGGAGCUUACCACGGCGGAACUUUCAAUUUUAAAGGCUAUGAGUCUUCGCCGUUGAAUGUGCCACAUGAAUGGUUGAUAACGACGUACAACGACCUCUCAUCUGUUGAUGCCUUUGUACGGAACACGGCGCAUAGAGACGACAUCGCGGCAAUCAUAAUCGAACCAAUGCUCGGAUCCGGAGGAGCCAUACCCGCAGACCUCGAAUUCCUAAAAGGUCUACGGAAAGCAGCCAAUGAAGUUGGAGCAGUCCUGAUUUACGACGAAGUAAUGACAAGUCGAAUGUAUUCCGGAGGUGGAAUUCAGAGCCAACUGCCCCUCGAAAUGAGACCGGAUUUGACAUUAUUGGGGAAAUAUAUAGGUGGAGGAAUGUCUUUCGGUAAAGUUCAUUUGAUUACAUUACUUUUCGUCCUAUCCGUAUUCUUGCUACUAAUUCAUUGGCGGACGCGUACAGGCGCCUUCGGGGGCUCCGAGAAAAUCAUGUCCCUCUUCGAUCCUCGUAAAUCCAACGCACUUGCGCACGCAGGGACUUUCAAUAACAAUGUCCUGACCAUGGCCGCUGGAAGAGUAGGCCUGGAGCAGAUAUUCACCCCGGAACGAGCGCAGGAGCUUCACGAUACCGGCGAAAAGCUCCGGGAGACGUUGUCGGAGAUAGGGCGCGGAACGCUGUUGAAAGUGACCGGACGUGGAUCCAUCAUGUGUUUCCAUUUUACCUGCGCCCCGGCGGAACAGAUCAAAUGCCACAAAGACCUGCUGGACGAGAAUUCUGUCUUGGGAGGCCUACUGCACCUCUUCUUGCUGGAGCGUGGGUACUACAUCGCGCGACGGGGCUUCGUUUCGCUCAGCCUGGUACUGAGUCAUGGUGAGCUGGAUGGCUUUGCGAAAGCGAUAGAGGCCUUUGUCGGAGAGUAUAGGCACUUGUUAUCACAGUCGGAGAACAUGGCAAAGCUGUGA